AUAGAGAAGAUAGUUGAUGAUAGAUAUUUGCAGAAUAGUAUCGAGCAAAAUGCACCAAUCUUUAUUUCGGAUAAUUGGUAUAUUUUCAAUAAUGCAGAAAAAAAAUUAUUGCUGCGCUCAUGGAAAGUUAUGGAAACAGAUAUUGAGCAGGUGUCCUGCGGUAUAUAUACCAUGAUUUUUAAUCAAUGCCCUGAAGCCAGGCAGCUUUUUCCAUAUAUGAGGCUUCCAGUUAAUGAAAGUGAUAAAAGGAGCCAAGGUUUUAUUUUUCAGGCGUUGCGUUUUAUACAAGUUUUGGAAAGUGCUAUCACAUAUUUGGAUGAUUUACAAAGCUUUGAUCCAAUACUACAUAAUCUUGGUCGUCGCCAUGGUAAACUCGAAUCAAGUAUGGGCUUUCGACCAUAUUAUUGGUCAGUAUUUUUGGAAUGCACAAUAUAUAAUAUACGUUUGUGCUUGAACAGAUCUAAAAAUGAUUUAUGGAAUGAUGCAGACUUAGACGAAGUUAUUAUUUUAUGGCGGCAUUUGGUUUCCGGAAUUUGCUUAAGAAUUAAGAAAGGAUAUUUAAUGGACAUAGCUAAUCGCACAGCUGCAAAAGAUAGUUGGUCCUCUCUUCCAGCAUUACCAACAACAACGAAAAAUAAUCCAUUUACUUCAAAAAUACCAAACCAGGCAAAAACUCCCAUCACCGGUGAGCAUUUGCAUGAGAACCAUAGAAAGGUUGGUCUCAUCGACCAAAUAAUACAAUUCAAAUUAAGGACUUUUAAGCAUGGUUUGUGA